AUGAUUGAGGUUGAGGAGGAGAUUAUCCGCACGAUAGAGGAGAUAGACAGCACAUUUUCCUCCAUCAACAGGACACUGAGAAGCAUCAGAGGAUCUGUCGAGAAGAUGGACAGGAGCAACCAGAAAAUGAUCAGAGACCUGGUACCAUGGACAAGAUUCUUCUCAGCGGAAUUGGAGGACAGCACAGAAAAUGAGCCACUGCAUUCUGAAGGCAGCCAGAGCAUUGAGGAGGAGUCUAACUUCCAAAACAUAUGUGUUGCAGGGGAGAGCCCCGAAUCAAUGAAAUUCUCAUCACCAGGAAAUCCAUUUAUUGAUAGCACAUCGUCCGAGGUAUUGAACAAGACAUUUCUGGGGAAUCUUUCUGCGAGGUUUCACACCAGCAAUGCAGAAAGUGCGUCGUCAAGCCUUGUUCCAAUGGCAGAGGAAAAAGCAUUUGGACCUUACGAAGAAUCAGAGUCAUCAGAUGGCAUACUUCCGUUCAAUCCAAGCAUGCUCCCCCCGGCAUUUCGGAACGAAGAGAGCCUGUUCCUGGUGUACGACCUUAUCUCAAGGGGCCUGGGAAUCACAAUGGAAGAGAUCUACAAGGAGAUUCCAGGGGUACCAAGAGAGAAGAUAAACAUAUUUGUCGAUCUUUUGACGAGAAAAAAGUUUGUGGGUAGAGAAGGAAAUAAAUUCAGAACAGCAUGA